CAAGACGCGUAAUUCAAUCGCAACAAGCUGAAAUGUUUAAAGGAACAGAAGCGUUGGCAAAUUUGUACAAAGAAAUCGAGGCCGCUAAGAAUGUUCUGAAACAAUUACGCAUGCAUGGACGAAACCAAGAGUUAGAGGGAGACGACGAUACAUCAUGCCAAGACGUAGAAGAUGAUGCUCAAGGAAAUGCAAGUUGUGAAAUUCAGCGAAAUGUGGCAGCUGAAAAAAAUUUGGGUGACUGGGCAUCCAUGGCGUUUUCAUUGGCCAAAGAGAUUUUAAUGGAGUACGAUGGAAAUACACCAGUGCGAAAUUGGAUUGCUCAGUUUGACAAUAUUACACAAUUGCACAAGUUGAACGACAUGCAGCGACAAUUAUUAUGUAUUGCAAAGCUUAAAGGAAAAGCGUUGCAGUGGCUGCAUGCAGAUCCGGUACGUGUGGUGAAGCCUAUAAACCAAGUUUUGGAUCAACUGAAGGAGGCGUUUGGUGGAAAACUUCCGAAAAUUGAGCUACGUCGGAAAUUUGCUGGACGAAUGUGGAUAUCGGACGAAAAUUUCAGCGUAUACUUUGAGGACAAGUGCAUGUUGGCUCGAGAUUUGGAUAUGGACGACGAUGAGUUAUUAGAUGGCAUUAUCGAGGGAAUACCACAUGAAAAUCUACGCAUCCAGGCAAAAUUACAGUGCUUUGAUAAUCCGGCGAAGAUGCGGCGAGCAUUUGCAGAUGUUGCCUUACCUAGGCAGAGUGGUUUCCUGAUGAAGUCGGAAGCAGCGAAGGGCAGAGAUAUAAAAGAAAAUUCUCGUUGCUUCAAUUGCAACUCCAAGGGACAUUGGGCACGAGAUUGCAGUAAGCCAAAGAGGAAGCCGGGAUCUUGCUACGGAUGUGGUGACGAAGGGCAUUUAAUGGCGCAGUGCCCGAAGAGGAAGGUGAAGACGGAGGACAGCGGCGUAAACAAUUUUAAUGCCUCAUAGACUCGGGCAGCCCUGUUUCGUUUAUUAAACAAAAAUGUAUUCUAACAAAUAUUAAAUUACACACACAUGAAGUGUUAUAUUUUGGAUUAAAUGAAAGCCAAUUAAAUGUAUUCGGAAAAAUAUUUUGUCACAUUUUCAAGAACAGUAAUAAAAUUAAUUUUGAUUUAAAA